CAUUCCUCAGUCGGUGCCAGAACUCUUGAUCCCGCACUGGGAGAAAAUGUCUAUCCAAGUGGAACACCCGGCUGGUGGCUACAAGAAGCUAUUUGAAACUGUGGAGGAACUGUCCUCACCGCUCACAGCUCACGUGACAGGCAGGAUCCCUGUCUGGCUCACCGGCAGUCUCCUUCGAUGUGGGCCAGGACUCUUUGAAGUUGGAUCUGAGCCAUUUUACCACCUGUUUGACGGGCAAGCCCUCCUGCACAAGUUUGACUUUAAAGAAGGACAUGUCACAUACCACAGAAGGUUCAUCCGCACUGAUGCCUACGUACGUGCAAUGACUGAGAAAAGGAUCGUCAUAACAGAGUUUGGCACCUGUGCUUUCCCAGACCCCUGCAAGAAUAUAUUCUCCAGGUUUUUUUCCUACUUUAGAGGAGUGGAGGUUACCGACAAUGCCCUUGUAAAUGUCUACCCUGUGGGGGAAGAUUACUAUGCCUGCACAGAGACCAACUUUAUUACAAAGAUUAAUCCAGAGACCUUAGAGACAAUUAAGCAGGUUGACCUUUGCAACUAUGUCUCAGUCAACGGAGCCACUGCUCACCCCCACAUUGAAAGUGAUGGAACUGUUUACAACAUUGGUAAUUGCUUUGGGAAAAACUUUUCAAUUGCCUACAAUAUUGUAAAGAUUCCUCCACUGCAAGCAGACAAGGAAGAUCCAAUAAGCAAGUCAGAGAUCGUUGUACAAUUCCCCUGCAGUGACCGAUUCAAGCCAUCUUACGUCCAUAGUUUUGGUCUGACCCCCAAUUACAUCGUUUUUGUGGAGACACCAGUCAAAAUUAACUUGUUCAAGUUCCUUUCUUCAUGGAGUCUUUGGGGAGCCAACUACAUGGACUGUUUUGAGUCCAAUGAAACCAUGGGGGUUUGGCUUCAUAUUGCUGACAAAAAAAGAAGAAAGUACCUUAAUAAUAAAUAUAGAACCUCUUCCUUCAACCUCUUCCAUCACAUCAACACCUAUGAAGACAGUGGGUUUCUGAUUGUGGACCUCUGUUGCUGGAAAGGAUUUGAAUUCGUCUAUAAUUACUUAUAUUUAGCUAAUUUACGUGAGAACUGGGAAGAGGUAAAAAAAAAUGCCAGAAAGGCUCCUCAACCAGAAGUUAGAAGAUAUGUACUGCCUUUGAAUAUCGACAAGGCUGACACAGGCAAGAAUUUGAUCACACUCCCCAACACAACAGCCACAGCGAUUCUGUGCAGCGAUGAGACCAUCUGGCUGGAACCUGAGGUUCUCUUCUCAGGGCCUCGCCAAGCAUUUGAGUUUCCUCAGAUCAAUUACCAGAAGUACGGUGGGAAACCUUAUACGUACGCCUAUGGACUUGGCUUGAAUCACUUUGUUCCAGACAGGCUCUGUAAGCUGAACGUCAAAACUAAAGAAAUUUGGGUAUGGCAAGAGCCAGAUUCCUAUCCAUCAGAACCCAUCUUUGUUUCUCACCCAGAGGCCUUGGAAGAAGAUGAUGGUGUAGUUCUGAGUGUGGUGGUGAGCCCCGGGGCAGGACAAAAGCCUGCAUACCUCCUGAUUCUGAAUGCCAAGGAUUUGAGUGAAGUUGCCAGGGCUGAAGUGGAGAUUAACAUCCCUGUUACCUUUCACGGACUGUUCAAAAAAUCCUGAGCAUAUUCUAGCAAGAUGUGUUUAUGGUGACAAAACUAAGAAAACUAGCUUCAGUUCUGCAAUCAAAUUUGUUCAAUUUUAGCCUGCUAUAUGUUGUGUUUUUAACUUGCACAUGCACAUAAUUGUUCAAUGUCUUAUAGAAGAUUUCUGACCAAUCUCUUUUUAAAAAAGUAUUUUCUUGAUAAAAUAGACCAUAACUGAAAAAUUCUUUUAAUAUUUAGCAAUCAAAUAAGACAUUAAUGUGGACUUAUUAAACUGAUUUUUGUUCCUAUAUAAAAGAUAAUUUUAGCUAUCUGCUCUAAUGUUGUUUUUUUAACAUUUAAAACCCAAAGUCUUCUACAUACCUUAUUUGUAUGUAGCUUUGCUGAGUCAAGGCAAAAAGGCUUAAUUACUAAAGUCAAACCAAACUUUCCAGGGACUAUCAUUUAAGAGUACAUAGCAAUUGCUUUGCAUAAAUGUAACUGCUUAAAGAUCCUUAAUGAACUUUAAUCU